ACGAUUAUUAUUUUUUUUUUCCGACGAAGAACUGAGCUGUAAAAUGGCAGCAGCCGCCUAUGUGGAUCAUUUCGCAGCCGAGUGCCUUGUUUCCAUGUCCAACCGGGCCGUCAUCCACAGGCCCGAGGGGGAGCCGGCCCUUCGGGGGGAAGGUUUCCUGCAGGCCGAAGACAGGAGGGAAGGGAAGGAGGCGGGAAAGGACAACGCCUCCCUGUUCGUGGUGGCCCGCAUCCUGGCCGAUCUCAACCAACACAUCCCGGACCCUCCCCUGCCUCUGCCGAAAAAAGAAAACCACCCCAAAAGGGAGAGGGGACCGGGCCGGGGCCUAGUCGAAGAGGAGCCCGGGCCCGGUGGGCUGGGCCUGGGCCCCGGUGGGUUGGUCCUGGGGCCCGGUGGAGGGGUCCCCGGGCCUGGGGGGGUGGUCCUCGUGUCCUCGGGGUCCCCUUCCCCCCGAAGCCCGGCCGGCUCCGACCCCAGCCUCAGACAAAGGAGCAGGAGGGGGCGAGCCCGACCCGACUCCCCCCAGAAAAAGCACAGAUGCCACUACGCGGGCUGCGAGAAAGUUUACGGCAAGUCCUCCCACCUCAAAGCUCACCUAAGGACUCACACAGGCGAGAGGCCCUUCGCCUGCAGCUGGGAGGAAUGCGACAAGAAGUUCGCCCGUUCCGAUGAGCUGGCCCGACACUACCGCACCCACACGGGAGAGAAGAAGUUCUGCUGCCCGAUCUGUGAGAAACGCUUCAUGCGCAGCGACCAUCUGACCAAGCAUGCCCGUCGCCACGCCAACUUCCACCCCAGCAUGCUGCAACGUCGCAACGGCAGCAGCCCCAGGACGGGAUCCGUCAGUGACUAUAGCCGCUCAGAUGCCAGCAGCCCGACGAUUAGCCCUGCCAGUUCUCCGUGAACUUACCUGCACUGGACAUCAGCACUUUGGGCCUCAGCAGAACCUAAUACACUUUGUGGAGUUUGAUUUGUGUUGCACACGUCUAGAGCUCUAUUGCUUGUUGUCGGUGUUUCAUUUUUUUUUAAUAAUUCAGUACGUUCCUGCCUCUCACUGCAGUUUCCAAGCAAAUACUUUUCACCUCAUCCAGUGGGUGGCUGAACUAACCUCACAAACGGACGGAUCUUGGUGUUUCACUUAAUAAUGCCUACACCUGAAUAUCCCUUUGGUUUCAUAGCCCUAGGCAGAUGCCCUUGCUUCUUGUUGUUAUUAUUUUUUUUUAGAAAAAAAUCACUUUAAAAAGCAAACAAAAAACAACUUUUCUUCACCUCAGGUGUAAAAGCAGUUUUGUAGAAACAAAUUGCACAAUAAAACACCCAUAUGAGUAAAAUUCAACUGCGUUGAAUUCCCCCCUCCCCUCUCUCAGGGAUGGAUAUUUAUGUUACACAAUACGUACAAUGAAGAGACACCCUUACUGCAGCCUUACUCUGUAAAUAGAUUUGCACUCAGAAGUUCUCCGUUGGAUUCUCUCACACACUGGGAAAAAAUAGGACUGGAAUUGGGUGCCGGGCUCUUUGGCCCCGGGCUUCGCGAUGGAAGCAUGUUGAUUUGCGUGAUAUAGGGGACCGCCAAGAUGUCACUAAGCUGUCCAUAAGGUGGCUUAUUUGGGAAUCUAUAGCUCUGUUUUCUCUUUCCUCCCCGCGAGCCUCCCUUCUCUUCUGAGUGCUGAGUGACAGGAAGAAAAUAACCCCUGUAAUUCCUCCGUGGUGAUUCUCCCAAACCCCGCUUCAGGUUCCAAAAACUUCCCAUCCAAAAGUCAUGAAAUUCCAGCCUAGAUUAUUAAAUCCGAUGCCUUAAACUCGAGAGUCAAACGUAAGGAAACGCAGAUAUUCUGGUCCCCGCUUUUUACGGCAAGGUGGCGGAGACUCUUAACAGAGGCAUUUCAUCUUCUGUUUCUUCAGAAACUUCUCACCAUGCCUCCCAUUUUUACAAGUUGUCGCAUUCUUAACAGUGCCUCUCCACUGACCAUGAGACAAGCAAAUUAGAAUGAAACUUCAAAAUCCCAUCAUUAAAAACAACUUUCCCCCUUUUGAAGUGCUGAGGAAACAGGGUAGUGACUGAGUACACAGACCCAAAAUCCGAUGAUCAGGGUACUUUCAAACUGUGCAAGUUAAUCCUAAUUAGAUGCGGAACUUUCUCAAGAAAGGAAGUUGCUGCAUAUUAUUGCAACUUAACUGUGGUCAUUGGUCAAAGCAAAAGCCUUUAAUAGUAUAACCUGAAUUUUGACUGGAAAAAUAAAGUAUGUUUUUGAUUUUUUGUGUGUGUCAAAAACUAGUUUAGCUCAACUGCAUUACAAAUUUCCCUGCCUAGAUUCGUCAAGCGGCAUCACAGUUGCUGCUAAGGCAUAAUACUUUCAAUUAAAAGAGGAUACUGUAAAUGCUUUACAAAUGAUAUUCUGCAACAAAAGACCAGAACAUUGUGAUGUAGAGCAUUUUCCCAUUGAUAACUCAAAGAUGUUCCUGGAAAUAUGGACAGUGAAAGCUGCCAUUUGGGUUUUUUUUUUAAUUCUGAGAAAAAAGUGGCUAAAAUACUGCAGUGAAUUCCGUGUCCCCCAUCUCCCCUCACCCUCGCCCCAGUGCAUUAUUGUCACCAUGCUAACUGGUGUCAUUUACUCUAAUCCUUUUCACACCACCACUUUUUUUGUGACAACGGAGGACUCAAUUUAGCCCUUUGGAUGCCAACAAAAUAGGAGGCAGAUUCUCUGCCAUCCAUUGUAUCUGGUGGCACUGGCCAGUCCACUACCACCGGUUCGCUGCCUCUUUCAAAAUGGGCAUUGGCAGCGUAGAAAGGACAGGCUCUGGGUGUUUUACUGAAAAAAUUCAUUCCCCUCUGUCAGGGUAGAAAUGGCCAUUGAGCAGUGCAAUGGUCAGCGUUGUUAAUAAAUCUUCUUCUGUUUAGCUGGGUUAGUUCCGAUGGCGUGUCUUGAAUUUGGGUGCUUUGGGAUUAUAAUCGUUUUGCAUUUUUUCCUAUUACUGUAAAAAUUAACAUGCCAUCGAGUGUAGCAUAGUGAAGAAAAAAAAACCCUAUAUACCAACCUGCUGUUUGUUAUAAAGUGAAUCCCUCCACAUUCCAAAGGAGUUUCCAAUUCCUAUCUUAUUUGCUGCUUUGCAUUGUUCCAGUUUGCCAGUUUCCAAUUUUGUACUGUAUAUUAACUGUGAUAGGCUAAUAAUAUGUUAUAGGUUUGUAAGUAGUGUGAUGGGUACUUGCGUAUAACAUUUGCAAUGUUCAUAAUACCUUGCAAUCUGUUUGGGUUGUAUGUUUGGUGGCUUGAAGCACACAUUUCAGUAUUUUUACGUAUUUUCAUUUCCGACGUCACCGUCUUACUUUUCUAAUGAAUUGUUGUCACAUUAGGCUGGGCCUUUUGGCUUAAGGAGCAAUCUGAGAAUGAGAAACAAUGGGACACGUUUGUAUUGUAGUGAAAAGUUAAGUUUGGGUUGUGGAUCAUUUAAAGGGCUGCCUCCCUCGGUAGCUCUCAGGAAGGGAAAAGCCACGUUGGAGCUCCGAAGGACAAUUUUGUAACGUUUUCAAGCCUUUUUAUAUGAUAUUCAGAUAAAAAUCUGCAUUUUAGAGACAUUUCAGGUAUCAGGAAUUCACAUUCCAGGCUCUGCUACACUGGUUCAAAAGGUCCUUUUGUGCCUUGUCACUAAGGGAGUCUUGAAGGCAAGCAGAGUGAAUGCUAUAAUAAUAAUGAUGAUGGCAUUUAUUAAGCCCUUACUAUGCGCAAAGGGCACCCACUUCUAAAGCCAUUCGUUAGGGAUGAAAUCAAUGAUCCUUCAAGUUAUUAACAUAAUGUGACAAUGGAGAUGCAUUUCAGACAAUACAUCCGCCCAGAUAGGAAACGCAUAGAAAAUGGUGGCUGCUCAGAGAGUCCACGUGUCUUUACAGAGGAGAUGAGCGUGUCUGUGUUAUCUAUUCAGCUGGGAAUUUGUUUUUCCAAAGAAAGCACUUUGUUUCAUUUUGUUUUUCUUUAAACAAUCCUGUGUCUAGUGCCUUUCUGUCUCAAGGAAGGGUGACAUUGCCUUAACGUAUGAUUUCUUGUAUCACGUAAGCUAGGAAAGGAACUUAGAGUAGAUCCACUGCGCGGAACUGAGUUGAUUUCUCUCAAGUCUUGUGUAAAGUCUCUGUGGCCUCAUUUCAGUUUCCCACAUCAGUUUCAUGCCCUGCCCCAUAAAUGAGGCUGAAGAGCUGUGUGUGGGGUGAAGCCAGAGGCACACCGAUGGCUCUACUAGCUGAUAUGGGCAAGCAAUGGGCCUUAACACUUUUUCCCUUCUUCUCAACUCCUUGUGCUUUAAUUUGCUAAGGUGGAGGGAACGAAAAAUUUAAGAAAUCUUGGGCCACGUUCCGUUAGAAUUAGUCUAGGAGAUUUCCAUUUCUCCACAAAUAAAAUCUGAACGUGCAGGCUAGGCAUUUUGCGAUCAGCAUUUAUAAAAAGAAAAUUGCCGGUCUUUUCUCCGACAGCUCUAUAGAAACCAGUUUAAACUGAGAAAGGGAAUUUAAGAUUCCACCAGAAUCGAACAGCAACGUCCUUCCCACUUGUAGUCUUUCGUCCUUAAUUUGUAAGCGUUUGGGCCUGCCUGUUGGUUUCGGGCUGGGACGGGAACCAGAAAUCUGGAAAUAGUGAAAAAACGAGACAUGAUUUUUGCGGCGUUUUUCAGCUCUGCCAAACCAGGGAGAGCUGGAAAUCUCACAAAGCAGCUGGUCCUUUAAAUUUCCAGCCUGAUUCCUCCCACCAAAGAGGUACUGAGAAAUGUCUGUCUCUGAGGGCAGGGAUCAUGUCCAUGAACUCCCCUGAAAUGCUUAGUGCAGUGCUCUCUGAUUCCUGAUUCCUCAGUAAAUACUAUUGAUUGACUAAUUGAUGGAAUCUGUCACUUCAUAAUGUUCACCCUAGACCAUUUAAAACUUGCUAUGCAAACAAGGCCUUUCUCAAUUGGGUCGUGUACAGUCGAACUGCCAUGUUGUCAGUCAAUCAAUCAAUCGUAUUUAUUGAGCGCUUACUGUGGGCAGAGCAGUGUACUAAGCACUUGGGAGAAUACAAUAUCACAAUAUAACAGAGAGCGUAGACACAUUUUCUGCCCACAACAAGCUUACAGUCUAGAGGACUAGAGAACUUAUACAUUAUUUCAUACUUUUUAAAGUCCUUGGACAUAUUUUCAAGCAAAAUAUUUUGUAUAUACAUAGGAUUAGAUUCUACAUAGUCUACACUAUGCUGACAAAAAAAAAUUAUUUCUCCAAGUCCAGGGACCUAUAUCUAGGUAUUGAAACGUAGCUUCAGGGAUAAAUUUGCACUUGAGAGCAGUCCUCUCCCGUCUUGGUUUUCACAUUGAUUUUCAUGUAUCCAAAGACCCAAUUUGACCCCAGCUGUUUUCCGGAGGAAGCACUGUUUGGGGGAAAAAAAAAAAAAAAGGAAAAAAAAGCUCCUCUGUGGGCAGACUGAUUUGAAAUGGAGAAACUGAAUGCUUUUCUUCUACCCGACACCUCAAAAAUAACUCAAUCUGAGGCCUGGGUUUGCGCGCUGUGGUGUGAGACCCACAGUCCGGAAAUGCUUUUCCUCCCGGCCUAACCUGAAUUUUGUUCCAACGCGGCAAAAGGAUUUGGAAUCCCUGUUGUUUCAGUCAUCCUGACGAAUUACCCCUCAGCAGUGCUCAAAUACAACUUUUAAUAAAGUACCACCACCACUAGUAUGACAACGGAUUCGCCAAGACUCAUUUUGGGGGUCAAAUUGCAACCAGUAGGGAAUGGGAGGGGUACCUAUUAUGCAUUUUUCUAACCAAAUAACAGAAACCUAUUUUCAUAUAUUGUAAACUGAUUUUCUUUUUCAGUGUGUUCCACUGACUAUCAUUUCACCUUACCAUUCUGUUUUUUUAGGACGUUAACUUGGUCACUGUUGGAAUCGUGCAUUCAUGAAAGCAUAUAUUUUACAAACAUUUUGAAGCUCGCCUCCAUUCGUGACAAGAGCAUCCUGUGGUGAGAGCCUCGUGGCUAUGUUUUCAUAUCGCUCUUCUAGCUUUACAAGUACAUUGUUUGAAAUGACAUCUAGCUCUUCAAGGCCCCUCUGUACAGCUUUAAAAUCUUAAUACUUUAAUCCCGAAGAAGUUUAGACCUUUUUUUUCUCUGUGGGUGCAGCCAGUGUGGGCACAGGAAGUAGCCUGGGAUGUUUGAGUAAUGUUCCUCUUUCGUAUUGAUUUCCUUUUACUUCCCAUUCCCCAGAGGAGAAGAUUAGAGUUCUACCAUGGGAAUUACGAGUUUUUACCACAACAUGGUGAAUGCAUCCACCCCCUCCCAAAGAAAAGAGAAAUAAAGGAAACAUUCUGUGUAGUAAAGGGUAGGGCUACUCUAGUAAAGUAUCUGGAUGAUUCAGACCUAGAUUUAUACUGAAUUAUCCAGUUUAUCUCAGGUAGAAGUCACUUUUCGACCUGAAUGACCCAGAUGUUAUUCAUGUAGACUCAGCCAAUGCCCACCACCCUGAACCUUUGCUCAGAAAAAUAAAAUAAAAAACAUGGAUUUUUUUCCUACCUCUUUGAUCCUGAUUGGUAUUCCAUGUUAUCGUGUUUCAUGUCAGUCAAGAGAAAGGCAAAUCAACUGGGAGACCAUUUCCCCAGAGCAUGGCACAGGCUAAGAAUUGGGUUUCUUAGAAGAGGCUGACAAACUGACUCUGUGGUUCUCCUAAGAUCCCAGUUUGGAUGCCGAUACCCUCAUUCACCCCGGCAGAAACAGAGAGCGGAAGCUGUCUCUAUGCAGCUAUUAGGGAUGGGCAAAAUGCAAGGUUCAAAGGGUUGGAGUGACUUUGUAUAUCUACUGUGGAUUGCAGGGAAGAGAAAAUAGCACUACUUUUCUACUCCUGGUGAAUGAAAACGAAACAAUUUUAAGGCACCUACUGACCUGGACUAUAGCUGUAUGUCACACUAGAGAACAUCUUCACAGUGCAACUAUGCAGAGUUUUAUUGUUGAGGCUUGUAAAUGACCAUACAAACACACCCAAGUGUGUAUAGACACAUGCACAAGGCGCCAAACUCUCCUUAGAUACUUGUACAAAGCUCUCUGAGAAACCCAGGGGACAUCGUCUCAGAGAAAGAGGCUUAAAGGACUCUAAGGAGAAUCCCAGGAUCCUAGAACAUUUUCAUCAAGAGCAUUAUUCUCACCUUCCCGCUGGACAUUUUUUUAUCAGCAACACACCAAUGCUUCCAAAGGUCACUUUUUAACUUUCCAAAUCACUACAUUGAAGUAUUACAGUUGUACAGUUAUGCCGGCCUAUUCUUGCUCUGCUGUAACUUUUUAUGUAUUUUGUACUGCAUAGAUUAUAUAUUGUAAUGAUGUCCUAUGCAAAAAGAAAAAUUAACAGAAUUGUAAAAUAUAUUGUCUUAACUUGUAUGCAUGGUUAGUGAUGUUUACAUUUUGAAAUAAAAAUUUAUAAU